CCCCCGGUUACUUCUGCAUUUUACACGCGCAUGGCCCUGCGUCCGCCGCGGGCUUUACGUCGACAUCUGGAAUUCUUCGUCUUCCACCUUUGGAUUUGUUGAUCUACCUUUGCUUAGAGUACACAUUCUCUCUUGCUUUAUUGGCAAGUAGACACAUUCGGCGAAUGACGUUCCAAAAACGUGACCAGGUAAUGAAUGGCUGCGUUGCUGGACUGCAGCAAUGGGUCAAGACAACUUGCCCAGAUGCAUCCAUUCUUUAGGAAAGCGGCGGCCCCAAAUCAUGACUUUCCCAGCCGCGAUCCCUCACCGAAGGGUCAUUUGGGAUUUGAUGGAACAACCGAGGAGGAGAAUGGUCCUACAAACGAGAGGGUAUCACAUCCCGAACCGAAUCGUUGGGCCCCGACUUCACAUAUCACGCUCUCAGACUCUCAUGAUGAGGCUUCUGGAGACGGAUCUUGGAGUAUCGUAGAGGGCGAUGACCUGGAGCACGGGCACAGACGAAUCAAAAGGCGCAGAAUAUCCUCUCAAUCCAAAGAAUUGUAUAUUGGGGCUCAGGAUGGCACGAACACAAUCCAACAGACAUGGCACGAUCAACUUGAGGCAGCAGCGAGGGAGAUUCCAGAAACUGUGGUGCCGAAAGAUCCUCAGUCGAACGAACUGAAUUCGCAACCCUUCAAUCUGAACCCAGCCCCCGCUCAGCCACAUAUAAACAAACCGGUAAAAAGGUCUGGAAGCAUUCAGACUCCUACUCAUCUGACACCUACAACACAGACUCAACCUAUACACAUUGGGGCACCGGAACAUUCAGUCCUUGGUCCGCCAACCGAAGCCUCCCCACUACAGGAGAUGUCCACAUCUACCCCAAAGAGAAGGAUAAUUGUGCUUAACGGUAAGGGCAAACUCACUAACUCGCCGAACCGGUCACCUAGAAGAUCUCCGAGGACGAACAACAAUGACGCCAACGAUCCGAGCCACGAGGUCAAGAAGCCUGGCCGCCAAUCUAAAAAGAUCGGAAUGAAGAAUGGGAAAUUUGUUUCCUCGCUUCGAAUUACUCUUCCCCAUCCGACAAAAGAAUGCGGGCAGAAAAUCGAGGCUAUACUUUCAAGCAAGAAGAAUGAGUCGUUAGCAUCAAUACUACCAGGAGAGAAAGGUCGAGGCGCGACUAUCGGAAACAAGACAACCCAUCCGUUCUUCCUGGGGAAAUUGGCCGUAAAGGCCGAGAAGCAGUCUUCAAUCAAGAGCGAAACGUCUUCCGUUGCGCCAGCCUCUGAAGACGAGGCUACGAGUCCAAAAGCACCCAAACCGUGGAAGGAUAUCGUAUUUAAGUCCCAAAAACCUUUCCAAGACAAAAGUCUCAGCCCACCCUCGAUCUGGCCUCCAGCUUCCAUCCAGAAUGUACAGCCGGACAAUGAUGUUAUUAGGUCUUUGCCAGUCCUGCCACCCAUCAUAGCUUCUCUAAAGUCGAAACAACGCAACUCUACCAUCGGAGCGGACGAGGACGUUCUGCAAGCUUUUGCUGAGUGUCUGAAACAUGAUACAGAUCCGGCAGCUCUGCUUCAUGUGCCGACACGCAGAAUCAUGAGUGGCAAGGAACUGGCGGGCACCAUUAACUGUGAAGCUACAGCAGCAUACGGCAGUGCUGCCCGACUCAAUGCACUGAGAUAUCCGCUCAUAAGAAGGAUCGAAUCCACACCUAGUCCCUUCGACAAAGGCAUGGCAGCUGGCCCGCACAUGUGGACUCAAGAAUAUGGUCCUACAUGUUGGCAAGAAGUCCUUCAGGGACAAAGUCAAGUACUAUACGACUGGCUCAGCAAUUUGCGGAUCCAUCAGGUCCAAACAGGAAAAUUGCAGACGAAUCCGAAGCACAGUGCGGUGAAGAAAGGACGAAAGAGGAAGUCAGAUGAGAUGGAUGAUUUCAUUGCAGACUCUGACGACGAGACCCUCAGCUCCAACUCUUCUGGAAAAAAUGCAAUAUUGAUUGUCGGUCCUUCCGGCUGUGGAAAGACCGCAUCUGUCUACGCAGUUGCACAGCAGCUUGGCUUUGAAGUUUUCGAGAUUCACCCCGGCAUGAGGCGAAGCGCCAGGGAUAUCCAGGAGAAGGUUGGUGACAUGACGCAGAAUCACCUUGUCCAGCAGGCACAUAUUCAAAGCGGAAGACCGGGUACUCCUUUGGAUGACGCCGUUGCCACUCAACCGAUGUCCGAGUCCUUACCGGCAAGCCAACAUUCAAUAGCAAGUUUCAUGGCUGUGGGUACAGGAGAAAAGAAAAAUCCUACGGGGAGCAGUAACAAAGAGAGCAAGGCCAGGCCACAGAAACAGUCUCUUAUCCUCUUCGAAGAAGUUGAUAUACUUUUUGACGAGGACAAAGGCUUCUGGACUGGAGUCCAAUCUCUGAUCAGCAACUCCAAACGACCGGUCAUCAUGACAUGUAAUGACCUUCUAUCUAUUCCGCUUGACGAGCUCGACCUUUUCUCUGUCCUGGCCUUUGACCGAUCUGACCCUGUUCUUGCUGUGGACCAUCUACAAUGCAUAGCCGCAGCUGAAGGCCACCUCCUCGGCAGACAAUCGAUCCAGAAUCUCUAUGCGAGUAAAGGCCAAGACCUCCGUGCAUCCAUAACUGAGCUCAAUCUUUGGUGCCAGAUGACUCUGGGAUCGCACCAAGGUGGACUUGAUUGGAUGUUGCCACACGAUGAGAAACAUCAGUCAGGUCUAGAGGGCUCUAUAAUCAGAAUAGUCAGUCAAGACACCUUCAUUACCGGUCUUGACCUUCUGCCUGUCCAGUUCAGUGACUGGGGAGAGAUUAUCGACUACACGCAGAAGGAUUUAGACGUCUCUACGCUGGACUGGGUCAAGGACGAUUUCUCCACUGAAGAUCCCGGGAAGAGUUGCCUCCAGGCCCUUGACAAGGCGCUUUUCUUGUCCGAAGCAAGAAGCGCCAUGGAUCUGCUCGAUUGCGAGAUCACCCCAGUCGUUGCUGGUAUGGUCAAAGGUACCUCCGCUCACGAUAGUCUGCAUUGUGCCAGGGAUGAUCUUGUUCAGCUGCAUGUUGAGCAUUUGAUUACCAGGCAUAUGUCCAGACUGGAUAUAACGGAUGCCUUUGAGACUUUGAUGGAGGACAACAGGAUUGGGUUGCCGAUGGUACCUGGACGCAAGGCUCCUUCUCUUGACAACGCUGCUCAGUCUGUAGUCACAGACGUGGCUCCCUACGUGCGAUGUAUUGUCGCGCACGAUCAAAGAUUGGAACAGAUCCGGAACGAGCUUGGUGGAGGGCCACAGGGCAAGCGACAACGGAAGACACGGGCGGCGCGAGCAGCUCUCGAAGGUGGAAGCAAGGGCAGCACCCGCCGGGAUAAAUGGUUCCCCGAGGGUCUUGACUUCCCUGCUGUUCUUGCAACGGGGAACGCGUGGCCCCAGUUGAAGCCAGAGGAGGCUUAUUUUGCACCAGAUACUCCGUCUUCAUCGAUGGCCACGGACGGUGAAGUGGAGGCUAUUGACAGCACGACUUGAGGCGCAAAAUACUUCUUAUCUUACUCAUGAGUCUGCGAACCUGAGAUGGAUCUUGAAACAUGCAUACCCCUUGGACCAUGAAGGCGAUUUGCGUGAUGAGCCAUACUAACGUGACAUUGAGGCGCUUUCUGGGUGCACACGAGAAAUCUACGAAUAUGAUCAUGGACCAAUUGCCUUUUCUCUUUGUUUGUGUUGCAACCGUGCAAUGCGCGUUGAAUGCGUGGCCACUGCCACCCAGUCUGUG